AUGACACCCUCACUGGAAAGAACUUCUAAAGUUCUCGAGGAGGAUCGCCUUUGGAUCUACCGUGACUUUGUGAAAGAAAAAUUGCGAAAUCGCGAGCGCUAUUGGAGACCCACAACGGAUCUUCCAGUGUUUGUGGGGAAAGAAUCUUCCGGUAGUUGUUGGGUUGUACCAGAUGGCAUCAUUUGGAGAAAAUAUUUACCCUUCUUGUCGCAUUUGGUGAAAGAAAGCCAAUGCAAUCUGCUGCUGCUCGAAUCGGCUGUGGACCUGAUGGAUUACCGAUCCAUUUCGCCAGUGAUCGAAUGUAAUGUCGAAAAUGACAGUGACUGUACUUGGCAACCGGAGAAACCAGCUCCACAAGAGCGCUCCAAAAUAGCAAAGCUUGCGACUCUGUUUUCGGGGAGAGUGUUCCCAUUUUGUGACCUAUCGAUACGAGAAGAAGAUGGUCACGACGAGUUUGAUAUGAUGGAUUACAAAUCCAUUAGCAUUGUGGACAGAAGUCAACAUGCGUUGAUGAGAACUGCUGGGUUAUUGCGACAAAAGAUUGGAAACAACAAGAAAAUAAUAAUUGUAUCCACGCAAGAUCUGAAAGCAAAAUAUCCUUCAGAGGAUGGCUUUCAGCUUUUGCAAAUGGAUAACUUUAUCACUGAACUUUUGGCAUUGCACCCUCAUCUUAACGAAGAGGUAUUGAUGAAUUUGAAGCGGAGCUGCGAAGAAGAGUACAAGGUACGAAACAUGGCGCGAUCCAAAAGCGUUGAAAGCAAUAGUAGAGAAUUUCUGUCAGAAGAUCAAGUUAGGGAGGGACUGAAAACAAAGACUCUGUUCAAGGGACGAUUAGAAGUCUCAAAACACAAUCCAAAAGAGGGUACUGUGGCCACCUCAGACGGCGGAAAAUAUUUUAUUGAUCAGAAACUUGGAUACUUUAAUCGGUCGUUCCAUCAUGAUGUUGUUGUUAUCGAGGUACUUCCAAAAACGGAAUGGGGAAGUCCCGUGGGCAAACGCCGUUUGGUUCAUCACCGAGAUGAUGACGAUGAAACUGAUACUACUUCGUUUGACGUGGAUUCGGCACCGCCAGUCCCCUCGGCCCGAGUGGUGGCGAUAUCCGAGUCAUCUCGACGAAGAUUUGUUGCAACCAUGGUCGAUAGUCCAAUGAAUGAUGACUCAGCAUGCAUAGUGACCCCAAUGGAUAUUCGGAUACCAAAGAUUCGUAUCAAAACCAACGGAUGGAAUCGAUUUGUAGGUCAAAGGCUGCUCAUCCAGGUGGAUUCCUGGGAUAUUGACUCAAACUAUCCAGCUGGUCAUUGCCAUGAAAUCGUUGGCCCAAUUGGUGAUCUAGAAACUGAAAUAUCAUGCUUGCUCCACGAACACGAAUUGCACCUUGAACCAUUUAGUGCUGGGGCACUAGCUUGCUUACCAUCAGAAGGUUCAGAUUGGAAGAUCCCUCCCGAAGAAAUCGAGAAACGCCGAGAUCUACGAGAAUCGUACAGAAUAUUUAGCGUAGAUCCUCCAGGGUGCCAGGAUAUUGACGAUACUAUGCAUGCAAGAGAGUUACCAAAUGGAGACAUUGAAAUUGGUGUCCAUAUUGCCGAUGUAACGCAUUUCGUUCCACACAACUCGCCUCUUGAUCUUGAAGCGCAAGUCAGAGCAACGACAUUUUAUCUAGUCGAUAGGCGUUUUGACAUGUUGCCUUCGCUAUUGAGCUCGGACCUCUGCUCCCUGCAUGGAUCGACCGACAGAUUGGCUGUAUCAACAAUCUGGAUAUUUUCACGGGACUUCAAGGAAGUAAAGUCCUUCUGGUACGGAAGGACGGUGAUUCACAACUGUCAAGCAAUGACGUACGGGCAGGCUCACAACAUUAUCCACGAUCAACCUCCUGACGAGGGCAACAGAAUCCCACCGCCGUUAACUGCAGGGGCACCGGUGGAUCCUGCCAACGUCAAGAAUUUGAAGAAAGACUUGACAAUUCUAACUCGACUGGCGCGGAAGUUGCGGAAAGACCGUGAAGAUGUUGGUGGUGCCGUCGAUUUGUCCAGUGGAGACCAAGGCAAUGAGCUGAAAUUCACCCUCGACAAAGAUAGCAAUCCGAUCCAGGUAACUGCAAAGAAGCAAAUGGAAAUCCAUAACACAAUCGCAGAGUUAAUGAUUCUAUCCAAUACAUGGGUCGCGAAAACAAUUUACGACAAGUCACCCGACAGUGCGCUACUUCGUAACCAUCGAUCAGUUGAAGAUUCCCGCUUCGAAGAUCUGAAAGCUGUACUCGACGCUGGCAAAAUAGCGUUUGACGGCAAAGACAACAUGGCUUUGGCAAAUUCCUUGAAGGCAGCUGAGACUGCGACAAAAUUGAAUUCAACGAUGCAGUCGUUGUUUCAAUCGCUAGCGACAAGAGCCAUGUCCGAAGCACAGUAUGUGUGCACUGGGCAAGUGGGCAAAGACCAGUUGUCUCAUUAUGGAUUGGGCCUUCAAAAGUAUACCCACUUCACAUCUCCGAUCCGAAGAUAUGCAGAUGUUGUUGUGCAUAAGCAACUAUUGAGCGCUGCUGCUCCUCCGGGAAAUCAUAGCGAUGCGUCCACUGUAAAAAGUCGAACAGAGGUGGACAAUGCACUUGUUCCAGACUCGAAAACAAUUUCUAUUCUUGCUGGAGAAGGUAUCCGCACGAGGGACGAGACGAUUGAAACACCAGACGAAACGGAGCCCAAUGACAAUGUGGUGGUGACUGAAUCGCAAGAACCGCCGGAGCUUGAAAAUGAAUUCAGUGUUGAGCGUGUUUACAGCCCACGACUUGUUGCAAAGAUAUGCGAUAUCUUGAAUCGUCAGAAUAGGAUGGCAAAGCUCUCGUCGAUGGAAUGUCAGCAUUUGUUCCUAUCCAUCUAUUUCAGAAAGCAUGUGGAGGUGACCAAAGCUGUUGUAGUAGACCUGCGGGCAAAUGGCUUAUGGGUGUAUGUUCCACUAUUUGAUAUGAGGGGUCCAGUUUAUUUGAGCGAUACUAAUGGUCGAGUUCAAGUCGAUCCAAGGUUACUAGGCUUGGAUCCAUCUACUGGAGAGGAUCCUACCCUUGCUUUUGAAGCAUCUCCGUAUGCACGAAUGAUUCCUUCAAGUGACUGCAUGUUAGUCGAAUCGCCCGAUAGACACUUGAAGGUAACUGCCCCAAAAGCAAAGUCUCCAUACACUCUGCGAGUCCUCGACGUCGUGACAGUGCAAAUCUCAUGUGACUCAUGGGAUGUCAGAUCACGAAUUCCAAUGCCAAAGAUCCAUCUCAUUGCCGACUCUUCGGGCAAAAAGAUUUCGUUCAACGCAUAUGGACAGACUUCAAAGAGUCCAAUAACAUCCUCGACAUUACAGGAGUCACAAGAUGAUACGAACGAAGGUCCUGUAGAAGCAAACCCUCAAGAAUGGGCAUCCAUGUACAGCGAACUUGCAAAGUUGGAAACACCUCCUGUUCUAGUAGAAAUGCAAUUUACAAGCAACAUUCGAAAGGCCAAGUCGGACGCUUGUAGCAUAUCGGUAAUUCCAGGUCGAAUGGUGUUUGGAGGUUUCCGAAAUCUAGACACGCGAUCGGCACUACAAGAGGCGGCCAUUGACGAGGCUGCGGAAAGUGCCGAGCAACGUCGUGCACAAGCUCUAGCAGGCGCUGCCCGAAGCAGUGAGUACGAUACCACCAGGAGAAUCGAAAAGGACAUUACAAGUCGAAUGCAGCGACUUAAAGCCAACAAACGAAAUACUCGCAAAGCUAAAGGCAAGUAG